GGGGUAUCAUGCUACUCUCGGGUAUAAAGAUGCACCGACUCAGCUGCAGCUUGUCCGUGCAAGCGCUCCGACAGAAACCGGUUACUUUAGCUUAGCCUGGUAGGUUCUGGACUAUGGCAGCCAAAAAAGUCUGCAUUAUUGGCUCUGGCAACUGGGGCUCUGCCAUUGCCAAGAUCGUGGGUGCCAACGCGGAGAAGCUCUCCAAGUUUGACACCACCGUGAACAUGUGGGUGUUUGAGGAGAUGGUGAACGGACGCAAGCUCACAGAGAUCAUUAACAACGACCACGAGAACGUCAAGUACCUCCCCGGACACAAGCUGCCCCCCAAUGUGGUAGCUGUCCCUGACCUUGUGGAGUCUGUGAAAGGAGCUGACAUCCUCAUCUUCGUCAUCCCUCACCAGUUUAUCAAAAAAUUGUGUGACACCAUCAAAAGCCACAUCAAGCCAGAUGCCGUGGGGAUGUCCCUCAUCAAGGGUGUCGAUGAGGGUCCAGAGGGCCUGAAGCUGAUCACUGAAGUGAUUCGAGAGAAGUUGGGCAUCACCAUGACGGUGCUAAUGGGAGCCAAUCUGGCCAAUGAGGUUGCAGAAGAGAAGUUUUGUGAGACGACAAUCGGCAGUAAAUCUAAAGAGAUUGGGGCCACACUGAAAGACCUGAUGCAGACCAAAAACUUCCGGGUGACUGUGGUGGAAGAAGCUGAUGUUGUAGAGAUUUGUGGAGCUCUGAAGAACAUUGUUGCCGUGGGAGCCGGCUUCUGUGACGGGCUGGGCUACGGUGACAACACCAAGGCCGCAGUGAUCCGGCUUGGUCUGAUGGAGAUGAUCGCAUUCGCCCGGGUCUUCUGCACCUCAGGUACCGUGUCCCCCACAACAUUCCUGGAGAGCUGUGGCGUGGCCGAUCUCAUCACCACAUGCUACGGCGGCCGCAACCGCAAGAUCGGCGAAGCCUUCGCCAAAACAGGGAAGACGAUUGAGGAGCUGGAGAAGGAGAUGCUGAAUGGUCAAAAGCUGCAAGGUCCACCCACCGCUGCAGAGGUCCACAACAUCCUCAAGGUCAAAAAAAUGGUGGAUAAGUUCCCACUCUUCAAUGCUGUCUAUCAGAUCUGCUUUGAGGGGCACCCCGUUAAGGAGUUUGUUACCUGCCUGCAGAACCACCCUGAGCACAUGUAACUACUAGACUAACUCAAACAAUUGGGCAAGUGUUUGGGAACAUGAUCAGAUUUUAAGAGGAAAGGGGUUGGGAUUCAGAUCACCGUGCCUGUGUUUUUGUACUAUAUGCAUCCCAAAAAAAGAGGGGAGAAGAGUUACUCUCCUCAGCACACAAAGUGCUUAUGUCCAUUCAGUCCCAUCAAGUUCUCAACAGUCCAUCCCUAGCACAAUGCUGCUAACACUGAAUGGUGAGGUUUAUUUUUUUUUAAUACCUUGGCGAUGGGUUUGAAUUACAGUUGUAUAGUGAUCUAUAUUUUCUUAAAAAAAAAAAGAUAUAUCGAAAUUUAAAUGAUUGUCUUAAGUAACCCUUUACUUGAAGGAGAGGAUCAUUGGUCCACUCUAUAACUGUUGCAUAAUCGUAAUUGAAGUCUAACCAUCUGCCAUCAUUGCCGUGAAAAGAAAAAAAGUGCCUUAUGACUCUAAAGCAUCUACCAUUGUGUGCACGGGACUUUGUCCUCUGUGAAACUUCAACAGGACUCAUAACCACUGAAGAGCUUGUCUUUAUGACCCUCUCCGCAUGUCAGGUCAUCUGAGGGCUGUGCCUGGAUUUGUUUUAUAUAUGUCUGAGUAUCACACAUGUUAAAGAGAGAAACUGUCCUGAAAUAAAUAAUUAAAAUGGCAA